CAAUACCGAUAAGCAUUUUGCUUUUCUCAGCCAAGAUCUUAUCUUUCAACAGUCUGAUUUCGCGCACCAAAUCAAGCAAAAUGCUAUCGAAUGUUGCAAAAGGAUUUCCUCCGGUUCUGAAAUGGUGCAAUAGCUCCAAAUUUUCCACCACGUCCACAGUCAGUUCCAAACUGAAACGGGCAACUUUGCGAGUAAGUUUUAUAAAUAGAUAACGCACAUAAUCGCCAACCAAUGUUAUCCACAUCCGAUUCCACGUGGUUUCGACCUCUGUUUCGGCCAACCAGCCAAGAAUCACCAGCAACAGUUAUAUGUUACUGCGUGCACUUGGUGGAUCUGUAAGCUACCACAGUAAAAUGACAGCUCCAAUUGUGACAAUAGAGGAGGGUCAAGUUAAAGGCAAAGUCGCCGAAAACUAUCAAGGGGGCAAGUUUUACAGUUUUUUGGGGAUACCGUACGCCAAGCCGCCGGUUGGAGACCGGAGAUUCAAGGCGCCGGUCCCGGCCGAUCCUUGGGACGGAGUCCUUGAUGCAACACAAGAAGGACCCGAAUGUCCCUCCCGCCACAUGUUUUUCGCUUACCAAAUCGGGUCGGAAGAAAACUGCCUGAAUUUAAAUGUUUACACCCGUGAUGUUGAAAAUAAAAAUGGGUCCCUUAAACCAGUCAUGGUUUGGAUCCACGGCGGUGCCUUUCUUUAUGGCUCGAAUAAGAGUGAAUUUUUCGGCCCCGAUUAUCUGAUGACUGAAGACAUUGUCUUGGUGGCCAUCAACUAUCGCUUAGGAGCCUUUGGGUUUCUCAGUUUGGAAGAUCCGUCUUUGGGAGUUCCGGGCAAUGCCGGGAUGAAGGACAUGAUCCUGGCCCUAAAGUGGGUGCAGAGAAACAUCAAAAACUUCAACGGGGACCCGAACAAUGUCACGAUUUUUGGCGAAAGCGCCGGGUCAGCGUCCGUCCACUUCUUGUAUCUGUCCCCCAUGUCCAAGGGCUUGUUCCACAAAGCCAUUUGUCAGAGUGGAAGUGCGCUCAAUUGUUGGGCCCAAGGGACCAGCAACGGGCGCGUUUUGGCCAACGCGCUGGGGUACAAAGAAACCGACGAGAAAAAAAUUUUGGAGUACUUAAAAACACUCCCUCCGCAUCGGUUAAUCCGAGCGCAGCACAAACCCCUCGAUAACUUUACGGCCCACCUGACGCGGCCUUUUUGCCCAGUUGUGGAAAAACCAUCAGACGAACCGGCCUUCCUCUCCCAACACCCCAUCGAAAUCAUCAAAGCUGGCACCUUCAACCAUGUACCACUAAUGAUGGGUUACGUGUCAAAAGAAGGCAUUUUUUUCGAAGCGGUCCGGAAGUUACAACCGGGCGCCAAAAUCACAACCGAUUUCGAAACCGAAAUCCACCACGACUUGAAACUCGAAAAAGGGUCCGACAAAUCGAAGGAAGUUGCCAAUAAAAUACAAAAAUUCUAUUUUGGGGAAGAAACCCCGUCUGAGAAAACCACAGACAAUAUGUAUCUGCUUAAAACCGACACCCAGUUCCUGCACGGAAUCCACAGGAGUAUUUUCCACCAGAAGCAGCACAGCACCGAACCCAUUUAUUUGUACAGAAUGUCGCUCGACACGUCUUUGAAUUAUUACAAGACGAUUUGCACCGCCAAAGCUUUGCCGCUCCUCUUCCUUUGCUAUUUCCUGUCGUACAAAUCGGGCGAAGGCAUGAAGAAGAAUUUCUUCAUGAAAAUCGCGAAAUCGCUACCGAGUCAUCGGCCGACUGGGGUGUGCCAUGCCGAUGAUCUUGGCUACCUCUUCCCUUCGUUUUUGAGUCCGAAGUUGCAACCAGACAGUAUCGAGGAAGUUUCAGUUCGGAGAUUUGUUAAGUUGUGGACGAAUUUUGCCAAAACUGGGAACCCAACGCCCGAGGACGACCAACUGCUGAUGAACGUGCGGUGGAGUCCGGUGACCAAAGAAGAAAACCACUUUGUAGAUAUAGGGAAAGAGCUGAAGACUGGAACCAAUCCCGAUUUUGAACGCAUGCAGUUCUGGGACACGAUCUACUCUAUAAAUACUCGCGGUCGCGUCCAAAAAAAAACAAUGACAUCUCCCAUAAUUACUCUUGAAGAAGGUCAAAUUCAAGGCAAGACAGACGAAGAUUAUUUGGGGAAAACUUAUUAUAGUUUUUUGGGUGUUCCCUAUGCUAAAGCUCCCAUUGGAGACUUGAGGUUUAAGGCUCCAGUACCAGUAGAGCCCUGGAAUGGCAUUUUGGACGCCACGAAAGAAGGCCCAGCAUGUCCUUCCCGUCAUAUGAUCUUUACCAAUUCCCUGGGGUGUGAAGAUAAUUGUCUAAACUUGAACGUAUACACCCCACACUUACCCAAUGACGACAAUUCUGGGCCACUCAAACCAGUAAUGGUUUGGAUUCACGGCGGUGGUUUCAUGACCGGCUCAAACCAAAAAGAAUUAUACGGACCUGAUUAUUUGAUAACUGAGGAUAUUGUAUUGGUUGCGAUUAAUUACAGAUUAGGGGUUUUCGGAUUUUUGUGUCUGGAGGACCCAUCUCUGGAAGUUCCCGGAAACGCCGGAUUGAAAGACAUGGUCCUGGCCCUCAAAUGGGUCCAAAAAAAUAUCAAAAACUUUGGGGGGGAUCCUGGAAAUGUUACCAUUUUUGGGGAAAGUGCGGGCGGAGCUGCUGUUCACUUAUUGUAUCUUUCACCACAAACUAAAGGGCUGUUUCACAAAGCGAUAAUUCAGAGUGGAAGUGCCCUUAAUCCGUGGGCUAAGGGUUGUAGCAAUGGUCUUGAAAUUGCUAGAACUCUUGAGUAUAACGAAAAAGACGAAGGCAAGAUUUUGGCAUAUUUGAAAAGUUUGCCUGCGAGAAAACUUGUGGAUGCACAACUGAAAACUCCAGAUCCGUUUAAUGCUUGCAAAAUACGACCAUAUGGACCAGUUGUUGAGAAAAAUAUUACAGAGAAUUCUUUCCUAACCGAAGAACCGAUUGAUAUUAUCAAGUCUGGUCGAUUUAAUCAAGUGCCAUUAAUUGUGGGUUUUACCUCAAGGGAAGGGAUGCUCUACGAACUCAUCAAACUAGCGCAAAAAGAGGCAAGAGAACUUAAUUUGGAAAAGGAAAUUCCUUUUGAAUUAAACAUGGAAAAGGGGUCGGAAAAAUCGCAAAAAAUUGCCGCCUCCAUUAAGGAAAAAUAUUUCGACAAUAAAGAACCGUCCGAAAGCGACGUCGACAAAGUGUACAAACUCAAGACAGAUAACAUGUUUCUUCACGGAAUUCACACCAGUGUCUCUUCCCAAAAACAAACCAGUCGCGAACCGAUUUAUUUCUACAAAAUUACCCUAGACACCCAAUUAAAUUUCCUCAAAAACACAGUUUUUUCCAACCACCUUUACCUCCUCAUGUCUUUAUACUUCCUGGUCGCAAAAUUCGGCAAAGGCAUGACGAGCUCAAUGCUCCUAAACUUGGCGAAAAAAAUUUCCGUGACGCACCACCACGGCACUUGCCAUGCCGACGACAUAUUUUACCUAUUCAGCUCAAUUUGGAACGGAAAACUCGAACCAAAGAGCGAGGAGGAGAAACAAGUGCAAAGGAUGGUCAAGUUAUGGACGAAUUUUGCAAAAACGGGAAACCCAACACCCGAUAAACACGACCAGGUUUUGAACAUCGAGUGGAAACCUGUGACCAAAGAAGAAAAUUUCUAUCUGAAAAUUGGCAAGGAGCUGGAGGUCAAGUCAAAUCCGGCUAGUGAACGGAUGAAGUUUUGGGACAACAUUUGCAACCCAGCAAUAUAUAGUGGUCAUUAUUUGUAUCCGCUUCAUUUUAAUGUUACUAGCGCAAUGGCAAAUCCGGUUGUGACAAUUAAAGACGGACAAAUUAGGGGAGUCACUGAUAGUGAUUACUUGGGCAAGCCCUAUCACUGUUUCUUGGGAAUUCCCUACGGGAAAGCUCCAGUUGGCGAUUUACGAUUUAAGGCCCCUGUUCCAGUGAACCCCUGGAAAGGGAUACGAGAUGCCACACAAGAAGGGCCAGAAUGCCCUUCACGACACUUACUGUUCCAAACUUACGUUGGUUCUGAGGAUAAUUGUUUACACGUUAAUGUUUACACUCCACAGCUUCCGGAUGACGGUAAUAAUAAUUUGAAACCCGUCAUGGUCUGGUUCCAUGGUGGUGGCUUUCUGUACGAUUCAAACAAACGCGAAAUGUACGGCCCAGAUUAUUUAAUAACCGAAGAUGUUGUUAUAGUUUCGGUCAGUUAUCGUUUAGGAGUCCUUGGAUUUCUCAGCUUGGAAGACCCAACGCUUGAAAUUCCCGGAAACGCCGGGCUUAAGGACAUGGUUUUGGCCCUUCAGUGGAUACAAAACAACAUCCAAUAUUUUUGUGGAGACCCGAACAAUGUUACAAUUUUUGGCGAAAGUGCCGGUUCUGUGGCAGUUCAUUAUUUGUAUCUUUCUCCUAAAACCAAAGGACUGUUCCACAAAGCAAUUUGCCAAAGUGGGUGUGCGCUAAAUACUUGGGGAGAGGGAAGUACCAAUGGUUUAAUAAUUGCAAAACAUUUGGGUUACAAUGAAACGAACGAACGAAAAAUUUUGGAGUAUUUGAAAACUUUGUCACCACAAAAACUCAUAAAGGCCCAACAUCGAUUUGAAGACACAUUUGUGGCAAGUAAAGUGCAAAAAUUUGGCCCAGUUGUUGAAAAAUAUGUAACUGAGUCCGCUUUCUUAACCGAAGAACCGCUCGAAAUUAUUAAAUCGGGGAAAUUCAAUCACGUUCCGUUAAUAAUCGGGACAACUUCAAGGGAAGGAAUGCUUGCAGAAGCUGCUAGAAGACUACUAGGCAAAGAUAUAAUCGGUUCAAGCCUCGAAGACGAAAUCCAUUACCGGUUGAAAGUGAAAAAAGGUUCAGAAGAAUCGAGACAAAUUGCCAACAAAAUCAAGAAAUUUUAUUUCGGUGAAGAGGAAAAAAACCCGGACAAAUAUUACCUGCUCAAGACCGACAACAUGUUCCUCCAUGCAACUUACAAGACAGUUAAUUACCAGAAAAAAAUCAGUCAAGCCCCGAUUUACUUCUACGAAAUGUCCCUUGGGUCGCCUUUCAGUCUCUUCAAAAGCAUGUGCACCCCUAAAUUAUUUUACCCAACAAUGAUUUUCUUCCUAUUGGCGUACAUAACGCGUGAUAGUGUAUUUAACACAUUUUUUCUCCGACUGGCUAAAUUAAUGCCGAGGAAAAAUCUAAUCGGAGCGUCACAUGGCGACGAUUUGAGCUACCUUUUCAAGCCCGUCUUGAGCGAGAAAGUCAGGCCUGGAAGUGACGAGGAAAUUCAUGUGAAACGGUUUAUAAAACUGUGGGCGAAUUUUGCCAAGACCGGAAAUCCAACGCCCGACAAAAACGACCCAUUUUUAAAUAUCGAGUGGAAACCCGUGACGAAAGAAGAAAAUUAUUUGCUCGAUAUAGGGACUCGAUUGGAGUUAAAAACAGAUCCGAACGCCGAAAGAAUGGCGUUCUGGGACAGCAUUUAUAAUUUUGAGACGUAAAUAAAGUAUUGUGAACGAAAA